UUUUGACAGGUCAAUUCAGGUCAUUGGCCAGUGUCAGGCAAAAGUUAAUUUGUUUUAGAAUUUGCAAUUCGUUGUUCACCUCCAAAUUUAUCUUAUCAGAAACUUAUCGUUCAAUAAAUACAUGUUGACGUUUACGAGUUUAUUAUUUCGUCAUUUUCGGAUCAGUUACGUGCAUAUUUUCAGAGGAAUGAAUCACAAAGUGUUUGUCUACGGCACGUUGAAGCGUGAUCAACCGAACCACCACUGGUUAACAGAUCCUGAAAAUGGAUUUGGCAAGUUUUUAACAGAGGGUAAAACUAAAAAUAAAUAUCCAUUAAUAAUAGCUACAAAAUACAACAUUCCAUUUGUAUUACACAGUCCAGGCGAUGGACUUAAUGUGAAAGGUGAAGUCUAUGAAGUAGACAACGUAAUGUUGGGGAGGUUGGAUAUUUUAGAAGACCAUCCUAAUUACUACGAGAGGGAGGUUGAUGACAUCAUAAUAACAUCUGAAAAGGGUGAACAACAGACGAUAAAAUGCUGGAUAUAUUUCCUCAAGAAAUUCAAGAAGGAGCUGCUGAAGCGGCCCAUGAUGGACUCCUACUCGUCGAGGGGGAGCCACGGCCUGCCCUACCUCGAGAGGUCUAAGCGAGAUCCUUCUUACGAUCUUAAACAUGCAGUUAAAGACGACCGGGUGAGAAGUAGCGUCGUCAUCAGCAGUUUUGUGGCCAAUGCUGGGUGUAGGGCCUACUAUAUGCCUACUACUAAUAUGAUGCACUCAUAACUGACAUCUCGCUUAGUUAGAGCCUAAUGAGACGCUGAUUUCUCGUUCAAAUAAACGAAUAUUUUAGAAAUCUUGGAAGCACCCAAGAAUUCUAGAAUGGCGUGUUUGGCGCCAUCCGAUUGGAGACAGCGGAUCGCGAGCAGGGAGGAUUAUAAAACAAUCCGGAAAGUCGUUUACCAAAAUUUAAAAUCUUGUGACUAAAAGCCGCACAUUUAAAAAAAAUACCGGAUAAUUGACACGCACGAAAUUGAACAAUAAGUCCCACGUACAGAGAUUAACAAUCAAAAUUUUAUAUACGUAAAUAUUUUACGACAAAUAUCAAUCUUAUCUGGACGAUUGGUAAUUUGGUUGGCAACCCUAAUUCAAUGGCAUUAAAAUUUUGAGAGACUUAUGCCCAGCAGUGAGCUAAUACUGGCUGGUGACGACUGCUAUAAAAUGUACCUAAUUGUUUUUUUCUUUGUUUUUUUUCAAGUCCUUUUUAAUGGGUUGUUUUUUUUAUUUCGAUUAGAGGGUAAAGAUUUUUGUAUGUAUGUUAAUAGUUUUUUUUUCGUCAAAAACAGUUUUUUUUUGUUUUAUUUGCAGCAAUGAAAAAUCUGCAAGUGCAGAAGAUUACAACGAUAUUAUAGAUAAAAAUAAAAAAUGAUUGUAAUUAUUAAAAAUAACUGCUACGGUAUUUAUA